UAGAAUAUAUAGAAUGGCAAAAAAUAAAAUACAAGAUAAAUUUACAAAAUUAAAAAAUAGAACUAUUAAUUCAAAAAAAGAAAAUAAAUUUAAGAUGUCUAUAUUGAAUAUUUCAAUUACAGUGUUAUGUAUUGCUAUUGCUACUUGGUUUAGUUAUAAAGGAUAUUUAGAAACAAGAGUAAAUACUCCAUAUGAUAUAAAAAAGUUAGUUACAAUCUCAGGAUUGGAUAUCCCAGAUAGAUAUUGGGGUACUUAUCGAUCAGGAGUUUAUUUUGGAUUAAGAACUCGAGAUCCACAUUCUUUAAUAACAGGAUUGAUGUGGUAUUUUCCACAUUUGUUAAGGCAAGAUGGUAGUGGCCUUAGACACUGGUGUGAACAAAAUGAUAAACUAGAUAAAUAUGCAUGGAUGGAGCAUGAUGGAAAAACAUUUGGUAUUCAAGAAAUAGUGGAUAAUUCAGCUAUUUUAACUACUACAUUUAUUAAAACAUCUGGUGGUAAACAUGGAGGAGAUUGGACAACAAGAAUUGCUGUAACUUCUAAGAAUCAGAUACGAGAUGGUGAAGAAAUAUCAUUACUUUUCUAUACUGCCAUGGAAGAAAAUGUUAAAGGAUGGAUUAAAGUUAAUUUAAAUGAUGAAAAACAAUUAACAAGUAUUGAGGGAAAUACUCAAAAUUUGGGUUCAUUUAGUAUAAAUCUUAAUAUGAUACAGGGAACUGUAGAAGAACACUCUUUUUUAGUAACAGUUGUUUCUGGUUUAAAUGUUUUGAAAGAAACUGUUCUUCAAAAUCUUAGAAUAGCAUCUCACAAAGGAUUAUCAAAGAAAUACAUAGUUUUAGCAGGUGAACAAAUACCAUUAUCAGCAGAUGGAAAAAAAAGAGAUGCAAACUUUAUUGCAACACAAGUAACAGGAAGAAUUCCUUUUGAAAUUGAAAUUAGUUAUGAAUCAGGUAGUUUUAUUAAUAGAGUUGACAAAUUAACUGGUCAAAAUUAUGAUCGUGCUCUAGAAAUGCAUCGGCAAUUAUUCGACGAAAAAUUUGAGAAAGUCUUUAAAUUAAGAUCAAAAGGUUUUACAGAAGAAGAAAUUAAGUUUGCUAAAAUGGCAUUAUCAAAUAUGAUGGGUUCCAUAGGCUAUUUCUAUGGUAGUUCACAAGUACAAAGUCAAUAUACUAAAGGACCAGUGCCUUACUGGAAAGCACCUUUGUAUACUUCAGUACCUAGUAGAAGCUUUUUUCCACGAGGAUUUCUAUGGGAUGAAGGUUUUCAUGGUUUACUUAUUUCAAUUUGGGAUUUAGAAAUUGAACUAGAUAUUAUAAAUCAUUGGUUCGAUUUAAUGAACAUAGAAGGUUGGAUUCCAAGAGAAAUGAUUUUGGGUCAAGAAGCUUUAGCUAAAGUUCCAGAAGAAUUUGUAACUCAAAUAAAUACAAAUGCGAAUCCACCUACGUUUUUUUUAACAUUGCAUUUUAUACUUAAGCAUAAACAAGAAGAAGUAUUGAAAAAACAUUUUCAAUUCUUAUAUAAUUUAUAUCCUCGUCUUCAAGCAUGGUUUAAUUGGUUUAAUACUACACAAGCUGGAGAUAUAUCAAGUACAUAUAGAUGGCGAGGUAGAGAUGGAACAACCAAUAAAGAAUUAAAUCCUAAAACACUUACAUCUGGAUUUGAUGAUUAUCCAAGAGCUUCUCAUCCAAAUAUCGACGAACGACAUGUUGAUUUACGUUGUUGGAUUGCAUUUGCUGCUGAUAUUAUGUAUCAGAUUAGUGAAAUAUUAAAUCAUCCAAAUAAUAAAUACCUAGAAACUUAUCACUAUUUAUCUGAUAAUGAUUUAUUAAAUAAAUUACAUUUAUCGCCACAUACACAAACUUAUGCUGAUUUCGGAUUGCAUACAGAUAAAGUAUUUUUACGAAAAUCAUCUUCGCCUUCAAGAUCACAUAUACAGCCAUCGGAAACAAUACGAAUUGUUAUGGAAGAUCCGACUUUAAGAUAUGUUGAUUCAUCAUUUGGAUAUGUUUCAUUAUUUCCAUUUAUUUUACAAAUUAUUAAUCCUAGAUCUCCGCAAUUGGGUAAAAUAUUACAAGAUUUAAUAAAUCCUGAUCUAUUGUGGACCAAAUAUGGUUUACGAUCACUUGCAAAGAUAUCACCAUUUUAUAUGAAAUAUAAUACUGAACAUGAUGCUCCUUAUUGGAGAGGAGCUAUAUGGAUAAAUUUAAAUUAUUUAACAGUAAGAGCAGCAUAUUAUUAUUCCAAUAUUGAAGGACCAUAUAAAAGUGAAGCAAAAAAAAUUUAUCAAAAUUUGAGAAAAAAUUUAAUACAAAAUGUUAUAAAACAAUAUAAAAAAUCUGGAUAUAUAUGGGAAAAUUAUGGUGAUAUUCAUGGAGAAGGUAAAAAUAGUCAUCCAUUCACUGGUUGGACAUCUCUAGUUGUACUACUUAUGGCAGAAAUUUAUUAAUUGUAAAAUUGUAUUAUAAAUAAUUUCAUUUAUAUGUAUAUUAUUUUAUUAAUAGUAAAAUUAAAAAAUAUUGCUGGGGAUAUUUUAUAUAAAGGAUAUAUAAAAUAAAUCAGGAUUUAUAUAAAAUAAAUAUUACUAAUGUGAAUAUUGACUAUAUUAUUGUUAUGCAUACAAAUGUGAUAAUAUCUGUAAAUUAUUAUAAUCACUUAUGAAUAUUUUUUUGUA